AUGGCCGAAAAACCUCCGCAUUGGUGUCGGAACAUAAUCGAGAUGAUCUUUACUUUUGCAGGUUUUUUUUUUUUUUUUUUGAUUAAUGAUAAACACAUGCCUUUUUUUUUUUUUUCUCUUUUUAAUGUUUUCGUUUUUUCUCCAGUUUUUUUUUUUUACAUGCGCCGACAGGUUGCCUUUCGUUGUGCAAAAAUAGAAUUUAUUUCACCCAAGCCGGAAGCGCUCAUUCCUGCUGCGGAAAUAAAGUCCAUUUCCCCCACCUUGCUGUACCGGAGGCUUCUCAAACUGUACAUUCGCAAGUUUGAUACGGAUCACAAAACAAUAGUUGCCGCGUGGAAGCAGACAAAAUUUGAGUUUUGGUACCAUCGAAACGACACACCAGAAGAGGCUGAGUUGCAGAAUAUUCGUGGCCAGCAGAUAUUUGAGGCCAUUCGGGCCGGACUGGUUCCUGUCUACAGGGACAGCAAAACGAAUGAGACUUUUUUCAAGUAUGAUGCCGACACGUUGAAGGCAGCCCAUAAUCACAUUGACCCUGUGGAUGCCGAAGAGUUUAUUCGCCGCUACCACGACAAGAUCUCGCCCGAAGAUGUUGCGGAGAUGAAGACGAUGCUGAAAAAGCUGGGUCGCUGGAAGGGACCGGAUGAGCUUCGUGACGAAGACUUACACCGCGUCAAGCAGAAGGUCACCCGCAAGGCCAAAUGCACAGAUCCCGACGAUUGA